AUGUCAGAAGAAAGCAAAAAAUGGAUUGAAUGGAAAAAGCAUCUGUCCACGAGAAUGGCACGAGUUCUGGAAGGGCAAAUCGCUCUGGUAACUGGAGCAAGCAGAGGAAUAGGACGAGGAGUAGCCUUGCAAUUAGGACAGUCUGGUGCUACUGUGUACAUCACGGGUAGAAAACCUGAAGCCAGUUUACAGAGUCAGAGUAGCAGCCUUCCUACGCUGCAGCAGACUGCAGAAGAUAUUCGCCAAAGAGGUGGCAAUGCCGUGCCGGUUUACUGCGACCACACUGAUCAUAAGGACAUUUCCAAGCUUUUCGAGCGAAUUCACAAAGAAAACGACGGAAAACUCAACAUAUUAGUAAAUGCUGCAUUUUCGGGAGCCAAGGACAUGGCAGAGAAGGUUUCUGUCCCUUUUUUCGAGGCUGAUCCGUUGCUAUGGGAUUCAGUCAAUAACGUGGGAUUAAGGAACAACUACAUCUGCUGCUGCCAUGCAGCCAAAAUGAUGGCCAAGAGGAAAUCUGGUAUGAUCGUCAACAUCUCAUCUGCUGGCGGCUUACAGUACACAUUCAAUGUUCCAUACGGUGUCGGAAAAGCAGCUCUGGAUCGAAUGUCCGCAGAUAUGGCUGUCGAACUGAGGCCGUACGAGAUCGCGAUAAUCUCAUUAUGGCCUGGUAUGGUACGAACGGAAUACUCACUACUAUUACGGGACGAGCACAAAUUGUCAAAAAUGGUGCAAAUGUCAGAGGAGGUCAUCGAUCGGUCAUUCAAGCAAAGUGAAUCUCCAGAAUUCGUUGGUAAAGCAGUAGUGGCGCUGGCUUCGGAUAAGAAAGUCAUCAAUAAGUCAGGAAAAGUGUGGAUGACCUAUGAUAUCGCUCGCGAUUACGGAUUUAAGGACAUCGAUGGGAAGAUGCCCAUGGAUAUUCGACGCGUCGCUACGGCCAUGCAACACUUUGGAUUUGAUCGGCUGGCUGCAUUUGUGCCUUCAUUCAUCAGAAUUCCUCUCUGGGCGCUACAUUUUGCCACUUACAAAUUUCCUAUUAGGCUUUGGUAACUUUCAAAGUAUGGUAGAGAGCCGGCCGCGAGUUGUCCUCUGU